AUGAAGAGCAUCGGCAUCGUUGCGGUGGUGCUCGGCUCGCUGCAAGUGUCUCAAGUGCUGGCGGCGAAUGUCGACUGCGUGGUGUCCGAGUGGAGCGAGUACUCGAGCUGCGACGAGCUCAACAUGAAGCAGACGCGUACGCGGACAGUGGAGCGCAAGUCGGAAGGCUGGGGCCGCACGUGCCCCGGGCUCGUGGACACCAUCACAUGCGUGCCCAUGAACUGCGAGGUCAGUCCCUGGGGCGAGUACAGCAGCUGCAACGCUGACGGCUACAAGACUCGAACGCGUACUGUCGUCCAGGAGGCCAAGUACGGCGGCGCUAAGUGCAAGCCUCUGUCCGAGGACAUCAAGUGCACCAGCGUGGACUGCUACGUCUCGCGGUGGGGGGACUGGAGCGAGUGCCUGACUGACGGUACGCGGGUGUCCACUCGCACCAUCCUCGUGCACCCGCACGACGGCGGAGCAGAGUGUCCUGAGCUCAAGAGGUCAGCGCCAUGCUCAUCCUUUGGCUCCACUUCAGGAUCGGCGGGUGAUGGAAGUGCGGGCAGCGCCGGAAGGCGGUAG